AUGACUCGACGAUUCAGAGAAAGGAAGCUCUCCGCCGGUGACACAUACAAAGCAUUGUGUCUAGAACAAGGACAAAGAAGAUCCGCAUCGAUGCCCUUGUUCUCAUUGUUCAUCCUGCAUCGAGGUUCGUUAUCAAGGCUCCAAGUCAACGCAUGUCUCAUAUCGCUCUACAACUCAACAAUUCCUGCAUUCCCCCAAUCCCCCAAACCUAGCUUCAAGAUGAAAUCUCGUCUAACUAACCUCCUGCUCCUAAUCAUCCUUAUCAUGGACUGCUCGCCUUCGCCUCCAAGGCCCCAAUCACCACCGUUGUCCCCACCACCACGACGUCGUUCUCGCAGACGACGGCGGUUCUCAGACCACUUCGCGUGCGGUCACGGCUCCCACACUGACGAAGGAAACAGGUAUCCGCUGGAGCGCAUGCAGUCGCACGAAAGACACAGCGACAACCACCAGAAAGACGAUACCUCACCCUCCAGAAAGGCCGUCCACUGGGGACCCGUCACUAAGAUCCCGAGUCCCGACUACAGAAGCCGCGAGCGCGAGCGCAGCCCUAACCCAUCAUCAUGCAGAGUCGCGGCCAAGCCAUGCUUGAAGCCGCCCACUCCCUUGGAUCAAGAGAUGGUCCAGAGGAACCUUCGGGCCAUGGUGGACGAGUCUACGCACCGUCUGAACAUGUACUACAACGCCAUGGAGUACUUCUCCGGUGACGUCGUUCUGGACGAGGUCAUGUGUCAGGAUGAGAGACAGCUUUUUCAAAAGGCAAGGAGACAGUCUUUGAAAGAUACAUUCCGCUUCGCCGGGUCGCCAUCUCACACUCCGUCCAGGUCGAGCUCGGGAAGAUCGCUCCGAGAUGAAUCUAUGCAGAACGAGUAG